CUGCUAGUGAUACUUGCCGCCUAUGUGAUAUAUAGUUCUAUAGACUCAUAUACACCAUCAAGCGGCGCUAUCAGAUUGCUGCUAACCAGCAGAGCUGUAGUAUUAUGUCUCUCGGCAGGCGAGACUACAGAUGUCAUAUAUCUCGAGGAAAUGGCACUCACCUCCCAAACUUGCUACCUCUGUAUCUCGCUCAAAACGAAGCAUUCCGAUAAACGAUUUGUGACGAACAUGGAGCCCUAUAUCGGAUCCGUCUACCGGAUUUAUUAUCGAACUACAGCUGACUUGGGCGAUGACACCGGUCGCUCUACUCCUAGAUCUACUCCUAGAGUAGCUCCACCUUCUCUAUCUAGUCCUACUGCUCCGCCUUAUCCUCUUUCUUCUCAAGGACGUUCCCCAGUUAACCAAUCAACAAACAAGUUGCCCAUCGCUCCUGAAAGUGUUAGGAGUUUUGUUCAAGACCUGCUUUCUCGAUCCGUUUUACCUAUUGCCUCUACCGUACCUUUAACUGAAUCCAUUGAACCUUCCACUACUAGACGAGGUGUUAGAUUUCGUGGAGUUGUAUUAGAACCUGAAGUGCCCGAAGAAGAGACUGAAGAAACUAGACAUUAG